UUUUUGAAUACAGAACACUCGUUUUAGGUAAAGUAUUUGUCUCAAGUUAGUUAAUUAUUGGUUAACUUUACUAAUUUAGCGAACAAUAUGUGGCAGCUACAACUGUGCAUUUCAGUGUCAUUUAUAGUGGACGUUUGCAGCAGGCAAAGUAAACAGAACAUCAUGUGCUCUUGUCUUGGACAAGUCAUAUGACUUCCCUCGCGUUGGUUAUGGUAGCUUAAAAGUGGAGUGAGGCAGGCGCACACUUUCAAUGUCUAUGCUAUCAUAUGGCAACACUUUCAGUGAAUAGUCACUUUGCGGUGCUCCUGAUAUGGCUUGGUUACUGGAUGUCGGAGUGCAACAAUAUUGGUCCCUCAUUGGACGAUGACCUCCUAUCGCCGUACCUCUACGGCCAUAGCCAUGGACCCUCGCACUCCCACCGUCAUGUCCGAGACUGCCAGUCCGUUGUCAAUGGCAACGUCACCCACCAGACCUGGCCCGCCAGCAACCACACUGGGGUGCCCGUGGCUGAGUCGAAAGUAUUCAUCUCUAACGUCCCUGGCACAACCCGAUGGGUCACAGGUCACAUUACAGUGGUCCAUGACCCCCUGAGGACGGUGUCUGUGCUGGAGCCUGGAGGGCCGGGGGGGUGCGGGAUGAACCGGAGGGAGGCGGUGGAGGAAACUGCUAGAGCCGGCAGGUGUCUCUAUGCCCAGAAUGGAGGGUUCUUUGGUACUAAGACCGGGGAGUGUUUGGGGAAUCUAGUGAGUGACGGGGUGCAAGUGAGGGACAGCAAAGGGUUGCAGAAUGCCCAGUUUGGCAUCAGGAGGGACGGGACACUGGUGUUUGGUUAUCUCUCUGAGGAGGACGUUAAGGAUGAAGCCAACCCCUUUGUGCAGUUGGUCAGUGGGGUGGUGUGGCUGCUCCGAAACAGCCAGGUCUACAUUAACCAGAGCAUAGAGGCUGAGUGUGACGCGACACAGGAGACGGGGAAUUUCCUCCGUUUUGUGGACGUGGUGUCGGCCAGGACAGCGGUUGGUCACGAUAAGGAGGGGAAACUAAUCCUGUUCCACAUAGAUGGACAGACGGACCACAGAGGUAUGAGUCUUUGGGAGGUGGCAGAUUUUCUGAAAGGUCAGGGGGUCAUCAAUGCCAUCAACCUGGAUGGGGGUGGUUCCUCCACUUACGUGGCGAACGGCUCUUUGGCCAGCUACCCCUCGGACCACUGUGUUUCAGACCCCAUGUGGCGCUGCCCUCGGCGGAUCUCCACCAUCCUGUGCGUCCACCAGCCCCAUUGUCAGCCUGAGGACUGCAGCGGGCACGGGGCAUGCAUCAAUGGGCACUGCCAAUGCCAGGAGGGCUGGAGUGGGACUGGCUGUGACACCCUGGUGUGCCAACCGCCCACCUGUGGUGCCCACGGUGUCUGUACACAGGAUGGCUGUGCGUGUGACGCUGGAUGGAGAGGGGAGAUCUGCAGCCAAGUGUGUGAUUUGGGUUUCUAUGGCGACGGCUGCAACCAGACAUGCACCUGCACUAACGGGGGCUCAUGUGACACUGUUCACGGUGGCUGCAGCUGCCCCAUUGGUUUCCGUGGCGACUCCUGUGAACAAGAGUGUCCUCUGGGUUUGUACGGGCUGGACUGUGGGAAGGAGUGCCAGUGCCAGGACAUGUGCCCAUGUGACCCGGUCACAGGAAGCUGCAAUGCCUUGUUCCAGGGAGAGAAGAACCAGAGCAUACAGAGAGCUGGCCAUUGUCUGGCCAAUCAGAUGUUUGCAAUAUGGAGUGAGGAGGAGGCACACAAAUCCAAGCCUUAUCUCUCUGAGCAGUGCUGGCUCAUCAUCACUGGCCUGUUGACCUCUCUGCUGUUGGCCAGCCUGGUGGGUCACCUGAUCAUGUGUCGGCGGGCCGCGGCUCACCACCCCGGCCGUGUGGACUACUCCUACGUGCCACUGACAGAGAUUGGUGCGUGCAGUUCAGUGGUCCGUGGGAAAGGGUCGCAACCCAGCAGAGGCGUAUUCGAGAUGGAGGACUCAGACUCCCAGGAUGAACUGUGGUCGGGUCCGCGCUGAGGGAGGGUGAUGGGGGACGGGUGGGAGUGAGCCUACCCUGUUAAGACUGUCUGGAGGAGCUAUCGCUAACAUAUUGUAAAGAGGGAAGGAAGGUUUAUAUAGAGAAUGGUUUGCAAUCAAUGAAGGAGAGGAAGAGAUGGAGCCAGGGAUAGAGAAGAGGUCAGAGCUGGAGGGAGGGAGUGCAGUGCAGAAAGAGGAAGGGAGGGUGCGACGACGAGGCCAUCGUCUGUUUCAAACUCUAUCCCCUAUUUGAAGAGGGCUAUUUGUAUUUUCCCUCCGUCUCAUCAGCCACCAUCUCGUUAUCCAGAGUGGAUGUAAAGAAAGAGGAAAAACAGACUGAAAAGAAAGAGGAGGCAUAGAAGUAAAAGGAGGAAGAAAGUAACUUCUCUCACCCUUGUUACUUUUUUAUACUAAAUGACUCUUUUUUUUUUUUUUUUUUUUAUUGUCCUCCACUCUAGAUUGUUCUAAGUGACAAAGAAGAAACAAUAUGCCAACAUAUUUGAUUGUGACUAAUAUCAACAGUAUGUUUCCAUAUAAGAAUAGUUAUUUUAAGGAGACAUAAACAGAGAAGGGAUUCUGGGCCUUUUGUUGGCCACCCUGAUGUUUGCCAUCCUGUUCCACAAGCAUGGGAUAGAUUUCUCCACUUGUUGCCAUGAGAACAGACAAGGUAAGCACUAGCCAGGAAAUCCCCAACGCUCCAACCCACUGAACCUUGUAUUAAUGGAGUCCACUUUAUCAAAUUAUUCAAUGUGAAUGCACCCAGGUUCACUGGGAUUGUUUUUAAUAUUUCCAAACUAGUUUUUUUUUCUGAAGUCAUGUUUCCACCAGCCCCGUGAAGCACCUAUUUUUGUUCAGACAACUGUUCAGACAAACGUUGAAAUCAUGUUUAAAGGUUGUCUGGGUGCCAAGUGUGCUUCUGGUUCAGCCAAACGUUUCUAAGGCAGCAGUAGGGGUUUGAAUGCAGAAGGAAGCAUGUACCCAAACUAGUUUGACAGGACCCGAGUGAGUUUAUUUUUUAAUAUUUUUUUUUUGUCUGACAGAUUGGGGUCAAGGAGCAGUCAACAAACAAUCUCAAUUCUUUAACAGUUCAUUCUAGUUAUUUUUCAGUUGAGGUUUCUCACAGACGAGGAAAUCCUUUAUGACCUUUAUCUCUUUUCCAUAUUAUGAGAAUUGUGUGGCGGCUUGGUGAGGUGGAGAUUAGUGAGUUAGAGGGCCAAUGAGACUAUUGGAGUAGUAUAUGGUCAUGUUGGGGGGAUGUAAAGAAGGAUGUUCAGUUUUUAAACUGUGUGUGGAGAUAUUUAUCUCACACUAAGGUUAGGAUUCACUUUGAGACAUACCAGGGGUUGUUAUAUUACAAGGCUGUGGGAGAACACUUGAUGGGAAAUGUGUUUGUUGGUGGUGUUACGUGUGUAUUUAACAUGCAGGUUACCAGAUUGUGGUCUAUAUGGAGGCUGUUAGGGAGUUGGAUUGUCCCACAGAGAUGGCUAAUGACUUGUGCUCAAAAACAGUGAAAGGUCUCUAUACAGUGAUAAUGACUCACUGUGUGCUAGCGAUGUUGUUGUGUUUGUAUAGUUACCUAUCGUGACUCGCACUUCCUUGAACUGGUGAAGAAAAUGGAGGAAUUUCAUUUGCACUCUCACCAGUGACCGUCAGGCAAGGAAAAAUGCAAAUCAAGGUGAUUGCUUGAAUAGAUGUUUGUUUCAAUACAUUUGAAUGUUGGUGAGUUGCGAGACUGGUUUUGUUUGGUAAAUUGUAGAUGUUUUAUUAUACUGCUUCUAUGAGCUAGCUGGCCAACUAGAGGUACCUGGCAUCACUACCCUGGAACAUAUAUGCGGCAGGUUAGCCUAACGGUUAGAGGAUUGGGCCAGUAACCGAAAGGUUGCUAGUUUGAAUCUACGAGCCAUCAAGGUGAAAAAUCUCUGUCCUUGAGUUAGGCACCCCGAAUUACUCCAGGGUCACCCUGGCCGUGACCCCACUCUUCCGAGGGUGUCUUGGGAAGUUGGGAUAUGCAAAAAACUAAUUUCCAAUUCGCACGUGUAUUAAUAGGACAAAUAUAGGCACCCACCAAAUUAUUUUUAUUACAUACUGUAUGCUUGCUAUUAAUGGGUCUUUCGCUUGAAUGUCUUUUUUAAUAGUCUUGGCAUAUUAUAAAAAGUAUUUAAAUGUUUUAUAUUGUUUAGUUGUAGCCCAGCAUGGGUUGUUAUUGUCUGUGUGUUAACAACAAACCAGCCCUAGCCAGAGCCGAGCCAGGCUGCGGUACACACCGGUAGCGUGUGCCGGACAUAAUUUGCUAACCGACUCUGCAUGUAGAAUCUGUUCAGUUUGUAUUUAUUUUGAAAGGCGCAUUGUGUAAGCUAGCUGUGCUUUGUAGUGACCACUGACUUGAGGGCCCUCUGGAUUUCAGCCAGCCAGAGGAAGAAUGACAGUGAUGAAGAAGGGAGCUCCUUUACAUAAACAGGAAGUGCACCUAGCAUAAUGCCAAAUGAUUGGGGGUUAAUUUAAUAUAUAUUUGUUCAAAAUUGGACUUCCUCUUUGUUUUACUCAGGCGAUGACAUAAUUAUGUUUAGUUCCCAUCCAAUAAGGGUCAGGAAAUGAUACUUCAAUAUUUAUAAGUUUGAUAAUGUGUUAAUAUUUGGCAAGGAAUGUAUUUGAUGUACUAGAGUCAUGUAUAGUGUUUAAUCACAAACUAAAGUCAAUGAACUGAAACUGGUGUAAAAGUUUCCCAUGAUUGUGUUUCCUUUACUGUCGUUGUUGUGAAUGACAACUCGCAUUCCUUGUCUACUUGAAACUUCUUGCUGUUAAUAUGCAAAUGUCAAGAAUUGAGAAAAACAAAAUGCAGUUUAAGGUGGUUGGCAUGUCACUGCUGAGUUUUAGUAAAGAUUCUUUUUCACCAAUAAAGCCUUUUUUUUCCAGUAUCA